CCGGGACGGGUGAACGUUAUUUAUCUUCACAGUGAUACAGCUGCAGCUAGAACGCUUACCCCUCAACUCCCUCGGCUCCCCUAAAAAGAAACAAGACACUAGUCUUGGAAUACUCCACCCCUUGCAAUCUUGAAACGCUGUCUUACUUUUCACGAUAUCUUUUCCUUCUUUCCACUGUCUUCCAUGUAUGUUUCCUAUCACGUAUUCACCCUGCAAUGCCGCUCGUCGCUAUUAAAACUCAGUGGUCGCGAGACCGCCUUUAAUGUUAAAUGCUACUUUUAUGACUCUUUGCGUUUAGCCCUUUUGGGUUAUUUUAGAUUGUUAAAAUAUGCAAUGUCUUCUAGAGAGCCGGGUUCUCUUUCUGCUAAAGCUUGUUUUCUUUUUGGCAACCGGCCACGUCGAGUGCUUUCAGCCGGACAGCUUCUACUUUCCAGACACAGAGCAAGAAAACUUUAUCAGGUCACAUCCUGAGUUCUCCGUGGUCCAUCCGGAAAAAGUCAGCAGGGACGGAGAAUUCGUCUCUUUCUCUUUGACACAUCACUUCGCCCGCGGGCGGAGCAAGCGUGACCUGGACACCGCGGAAAAGUACGUGUACUACAAGGUGCCACAUGGAGGCUGGAAUUUAACUUUUAACCUCUCAGUCAAUAGCCAUUUGCUCUCGGACCAGUACGUGCUGGAGAGAAGACCCGGGGUCUUUAACGGAACCCAGCAGCGACAGGUCUCCGGGCAUAAUGCCUGUCACCUUCUGGGGAGGGUGACGAAUUCCAGCGUCCAAGGGACAGCGGCAGUAAGCACGUGCAACGGGCUGAAAGGAUUCUUCAGCUUGCCCGAUGGGAACUUUUUCAUCGAGCCGGUGCGGGGGUUCGAGGCCGGCAGUGGGACGGGACAUGAGCCCCACGUGGUGUACAGGAGCUCAGCCGGGCCGGUACGCCACCGACGCCCACGCAGCGCCGAGUCUGGGGGGCGGCCGGGCGCCUGCGGUCUGAAAGACACGCUGGAGGAGUCCCGACGGGUGGAGAGGGAGCGCGAGCAGUGGGAGAGCGAGCAGGUGGUGGCGGGAGGCCCCCGGCGGAUGGUCCAGCGCUCCGUCAGCCGCGAACGCUGGGUGGAGACCUUGGCGGUGGCGGACUCCAAACUCAUCGAGUACCACGGCAGCGACAACGUGGAGUCCUACAUCUUCACCAUCAUGAACAUGGUGACGGGGAUUUUCCACGAUGCCAGUAUCGGGAACGCCAUCCACAUCGUCCUGGUGCGGCUCAUUCUUCUGCAGGAGGACGAGAAGGGGCUGAAGAUCAUGCACCAUGCCGACACCACGCUCAGCAGCUUCUGCUCCUGGCAGAAGAACAUCAACCCCCAGAGCGACUCUCACCCCGCCCACCACGACGUUGCCGUGCUCGUCACCAGGAAGGAUAUCUGCGCUGGGCUGAACCAGCCCUGUGAGACUCUGGGUCUCUCUCACCUGUCGGGAAUGUGCCAGCCCCACCGCAGCUGCAACAUCAACGAGGACUCCGGCCUACCUGUCGCCUUCACCGUGGCUCACGAGCUGGGGCACAGUUUUGGAAUCCACCAUGAUGGGCAGGGGAAUGACUGUGAGCUGGACGGCAAACACCCCUUCAUCAUGUCCCGGCAGCUAAAAUACGACACCUCCCCCCUCACCUGGUCCCCCUGCAGCAAGGAGUACAUAACCCGCUUCCUGGAUCGUGGUUGGGGGUCCUGUCUGGAUGACCGGCCCUCUAAGAAGGACCUGACCACGCCCCUGGUGGCCCCAGGGGUGAGGUACACCACACACCACCAGUGCCAGCUGCAGUACGGCCCCAACGCCACCUUCUGCCAGGAAGUGGAGAAUAUGUGCCAGAUUCUGUGGUGCUCUGUGAACAGCUCCUGCCGUUCCAAGCUGGACGCCCCCGCAGACGGAACCAGAUGUGGGCAAGACAAGUGGUGCAUCUCCGGGGAGUGUGUGGUCGUGGGGAAGCUUCCGGAGACGGUGAACGGUGGGUGGGGGGCGUGGAGCGCCUGGUCCCACUGCUCCCGCACCUGUGGGGCCGGCGUACAGGCCGCCAACAGAGAGUGUAACAAGCCCAAGCCGGAGUUUGGCGGUAAGUACUGUACGGGCGAGAGGAAGCGCUAUCGCGUCUGCAACACCAAGCCGUGCGCCAAGGAGCGCCCGUCGUUUCGGGAGAUGCAGUGCAGCGAGUUCGACACCGUGCCCUACCAGAACGAGCUGUACGAGUGGGUGCCUGUCCCGUACACCGCGACCCCCUGCGAGCUGCACUGCCGCCCGGUGGACGAGCAGUUUUCGGAGAAGAUGCUGGACGCGGUGCUGGACGGGACGCCCUGCUUCACCCUCAACCACAGCAGGAGCAUCUGCGUCAACGGCGUGUGCAAGGAUGUGGGCUGUGACUACGGCAUCGACUCCAACGCCAUGGAGGACCGAUGUGGGGUGUGUCUGGGGGACGGCACCACCUGCCAGACGGUCCACAAAGAAUUUGACGGGGGGGAGGGCUACGGUUAUGUGGACGUGGGCCUGAUCCCGGAGGGGGCGCGGGACAUCCUGGUGCAGGAGGUCCAGGAGUCGGGGAACUUCCUGGCGCUGAGGGGGCAGGACCCGGAGGAGUACUACCUGAACGGGCGCUACAUCAUCCAGUGGAACGGGGACUACAAGGCGGGGGGGGCCAUGUUCCACUACGAACGGAAAGGCAACCUGGAGAACCUGACUUCCUCCGGGCCCACCAAGGAGCCAAUCAUGAUCCAGCUGCUGUAUCAGGAGAAGAACCCGGGCAUCAGGUACGAGUACACCAUCAAGAAGAGACGCCAGAAAGGCAACGAGGUCAUCCCACCUGAGUACAGGUGGAAAUUCGGGGCCUGGACCGACUGCAGCACUUCCUGUGGGGCAGGGCUCCAGCAUCAGCCGGUGCGGUGUUUUGAAGCUGAGGUCGGGGUGGUGGAAGAGUCCCUCUGUAAUCCAGACAAGCGACCAGAAGACAGACACCGCAGGUGUAAGAAAAUGGACUGUCCCGCCAGGUGGUGGGUGGGGGGAUGGCAGCCGUGCUCGGCCACCUGUGGGCCCUCUGGGGUGAAGAAGCGCACGGUCCUGUGCGUCCGCACCGUCGGGGGGGAGGAGCGCGUCCUGAACCCCGGGGACUGCCGGAGUCUCCUCAAACCCAAACCCGUGGUGCCGUGCCACCGGGACCUGCCCUGCGGGUCCGAAUGGGCCGUGGGCUCCUGGGGAGAGUGCCCUGUGACGUGUGGGGGAGGAGUCAGGUCUCGGACGGUCACCUGCGUUACCGCCCCCAAAGUCAGGUGCAACAUCACCAGCAAGCCCCGCUCCAAGUCCCUGUGUGCUCUGCAGAGCUGCCCUUCCAGCACCAGGAAGAAGGUGUGGAGGGUCGUCCCCAAGGCAACGACCCUGGCCCCCAAAACGCAGCCCUGGGGGCCUUAUCAAUCCUCCUCAACUGUGGCACCAUCACCCACCGCCCCUGCCACCUUGCCCACCACUGCCAACAACUCUUCCACGUCCCCCACGACUAACCCUGCCACCUCCCCCACCACCACCACCAACAACCCUGUCACGUCAACCACUACCAACCUUGCCACCUUGCCCACCACCACCAACAACCCUGACACCUCCCCCACCACCAACCCUGCCACCUACCCAACCACCUCCACCAACCUUGGCACCUCCCCCAUCACCAACCCUGCCUCCACCCCUACUGCCAGCACCCCCACCCGCUCUCUGUCCCCAUCCCCGCCUCCUGACAUCAUUGACCCUGAGGACUAUGAGUUUAAUUUGAUUGUGGUGAAGGAACCCAAGGCCGUGGACGAGGGGGGGGUCACCCCGAUUCCCAGUCCCGCCGGCUGGGGAUCCGGAGAAACGGGUGUCACGGAGGAGGAAGAAGGGAGCACGCCCAAUUUCCUGCUGUCGGAACCAGAGACCGUAUACACCCCUGGGUGCGACCACGCCACUGCUGCCACAGAGGACGAGGUGGAGAUCGGUGCUACGACUCGGGCCUCUCGGACGGUGACCACACCCAAAACGGGAGCUACCUCUACGGUGACCUUUACGACCUCAUCGCCCCACACCAGCACCCACCGUACGCUGAGGACGAUGGGACAGUACCCACGGACUGCCCCGAAACCCCCACCCUUUAUCAAGCCCGACACUAAGUGGAGGCAGAGGCCCGCGGGUGGGCCCGGGGGGGGCGGGCCCGGGGGGGGCGGGCCCAGGGGUACCCAGCGCUCUCGCCCUGGCACGCCGGAGAGGGGCAGCACCCCCGAGGUCAUUCACCCAACCGUGAGGGUCCUAAAAACUGGGCUGAGGAGCACCACCGUGCCCCCUAGGAAGAGCAGUGCCAGCCCACUGCCCAAGGGGCACCAUCCCCGGGUGGGUGCCGCGGUCAACUACAGAAGCGACUACGAGACCGCCAAGCCGAACGCCAAACCCAUCGCCAAGCCCACUGCCAAACCCAUCGCCAGGCCCACUGCCAAACCCAUCGCCAAGGCCACCCCCAAACCCAUCGCCAGGCCCACUGCCAAGCCCAUCGCCAAGGCCACCACCAAACCCAUCGCCAAGGCCACCACCAAACCCAUCGCCAAGGCCACCACCAAACCCAUCGCCAAGUCCACCACCAAACCCAUCGCCAAGUCCACCACCAAACCCAUCGCCAAGGCCACCACCAAACCCAUCGCCAUGGCCACCACCAAACCCAUCGCCAAGUCCACCACCAAACCCAUCGCCAAGUCCACCACCAAACCCAUCGCCAAGUCCACCGCCAAACCCACCUCCAAGGCCACUGCCAAGGCCACCGCCAGGCCCACCCCCAAGCCUACCGCCAUGGCAGACGUCUCCUGGGUGGUUGGGAACUGGAGUGAGUGCUCCACCACCUGCGGGCUGGGUGCCGUGUGGAGAACGGUGACCUGCAGCUCCGAACGGGACAGCGACUGUGCCAGCCUCAACAUGCCCGAACCGGCCCGGAGGUGCCAGCUGCGUCCCUGUGCCACCUGGCACAGCGGGAACUGGAGUAAGUGUCCAGAAGGCUGUCUGGGCGGGACCAAGCAUAGGGACGUGCAGUGCAUCGACAGCCAGAGCAAACGGCCGCUGCGGCCCUUCCACUGCCAGGCUCUGGCCUACAAGCCCCAGAAUUCCCUGCCCUGUGCCCCCCUGCCCUGCCUGGACUGGCACACCUCACCCUGGGGCCAGGUACAGCGAGCGUCCCAUGUUCCAGCACUCUUUCGGUCUCCUAACCCUAUCCCCAGUCCUACAGCAGUGAUAAACCCUACCAUCCUUCAAGCGCCCACAGCAAAAGAGGCCUGCAGCCAGCGCCGCUGCAGCCAGUGGGCGACGGAGGACUGGGAGGAGUGCACAGCGAGCUGUGGGGGAGGGGUGCAGCACCGGGUGGUCCGGUGCGUGGGCCAAUCCGGCGAGCCGCAGCUCGGGGACAGCGGCAGCCAGUGUGAGAAGAGAACGAGGCCCGACAGCUUCCGCAAGUGCAACCUGAGGGAGUGCAGGAGGAGACCAGUCCCGUGGUGCAGUAAGGACAGCAUGUCCACACGCUUCUGCGAGAAGCUGAAGCUCCUGGGCCGCUGCGAUCUCAGCUCCAUCCGCAAGCAGUGCUGCAUCACCUGCGCGGGGUAACCAUGGCGACCACGCCCCGCCCAAGCCCCGCCCGCACCCCUCCUCCGAUGGACUUAAGGCAACAGCUCACACCCCAGCCCAGACAGGGUCUCACAAACCCCCUUCCAUCCACACGCACCCCGGCUUUCAUCCGUCUGCUGUGGUACGAAGCAGGAGCUCCUCUCCAUUUCGGCACGACCCCACCGAGGGGUGGGACGGUCUGUUUGAGGAACGGCGGUUUUGUGCGUGGGACUGUACGUUCUCUCAUGGUGCUUUUUUCUGUACAGUCUGUUCUCAGUGUUUCAGCAAACAGGACCCAGACAGGACAGACCCUGUGUCUGUGAUUCAGGACAGACCCUCUGUCUGUGAUUCAGGACAGACCCUCUGCUCUGUGAUUCAGGACAGACCCUCUGUCUGUGAUUCAGGACAGACGCUCUGCUCUGUGAUUCAGGACAGACCCUCUGUCUGUGAUUCAGGCAUUCCCACAGAGCACUGGGUACUCUGGCCACCCAAAGCAUCUCUUAUGACAUCACUGUUUCACGCUGGUGCUAUGGCAACGUCCACUCAGCUGUGAGUUUUCAGUUAUUUUUUUGGAAUGAUUGUAAUAGCAGUGACUGUGUAUUUUACUACAGGGACCGUUUCAGUAUAUGUGAAAUAAUCUUUAGGACAUGGGAAAAUUUUUACACAUUUUUACAGCUUUUACAAAUAAGGUGGGGAAAGAUGAUGAUAUAUGCAUGAUAUAUUUUCUGGUUCAGGCAGAGUUCCAUCAGUACACAAUGCUAUAUGAAGUGCGUACUGGAAACCAGGUCUCAGCGCACAGCCUGAGCAAUACGUUUGGCAAAAACAGUAAUCACCAUCCUCAUCCCUGAAGAUGAAUACUGUGGUAAAAUACAUUAUUCAUUUCAGAGUUCACUUGCGUAUUACUCCUAGUAUUCUCUCUCAGAACUUUGUUAAAAGUCUGCUUUGAAAACAGAUCCAAAACGCCGCUAAGGACAUUUAACCCGAUUGCACAUUUAAAUGAGGUGCAGAACAGAACCCGUAACUAAGAGACAUUUCCUUAUUUAUUAAAUCAUGACAGCAGAAAACCAGUUUCACUUUGAGUGUGCUUCCCUCAGUGUGUGAUACCCAUGGGCUACAGAACCGAUUCAGAGCCGUUGUUGGACAUAACAUGUGACCUUCAGAAAGAAAAGAAAAAUCAAGCGAUGAUAAUCGAACCAGAUAAUUACACCUGUACUCUACGCCCAGGGAACUAAUUCCACUUUUGGGAAAAUGAAAAGGAUUAAAGGUUUGCUUAAAGUGGGUACCUCUCCAUUAUUGAACAAUGACCCAAUUAUAGUGUAUAGAGCCACAAGGCAUAAUUAUCUCUUUGGUUCAAGACUAUUUGGCUGACCCUUUAGCUGAGUGAAUAGUUUGGCUGAAUAUAAGCCUGUGGAAAGUGUCAGAAAGCACAUGUGCAUGAAUACAACCUACUGUGUGUCUUUUAUCUGUAUCAUGAACCGAUCAACAGAAUCUAAGUUUUGGAUCCAGUAUAUUUUUUGGAUAUUUGAAACAUUGCACAAACUUUAUGUCUACCUAAUAAUUUACCUUAUUGUAACAGACCCAAACUACCAAGUUCCAAUGGCAGUAUGAAAACCCAAAAAUAUCUAUAAUAUUAUUAAUUUCUUGAACUGUAUUGUUGGAGAAUACACAGCGUCAGACUGCAGGCCAUAACAAGGACAGGUGCCUUUUCUGGCAUUUCCCCUCCUUUGUAAUUAUUUUAUAUAAAUAUGUAAAAAUUAAAUAUAUAUGAAUCGAGGGUUUUUGGUCCUCGUAAUAAUAAAUAGCUUUAUAAUGGCCGGUGUGUAUAUAUAACUGCAAAUUCUGGCAGUUUUUUAGUGGCGGUUAUAACUACCACAUUGUUAAUUUAUCCAGUCAUAAAAUACUCAUUUUUUAACAAGAUCAUGGAAUGUUGAAUGCACAGUUUCAGCAUGUGAAUUCUAUUAGUAUUUCUUUAGAUAUUUUUAGAUAAGUUCCUAUUUUGCCUAUAAUAUAUCAUUCCAGGUUUCCUGGUGAUCAGGUUUAAUGUUAUUUUCAUAAAUGUAUUGUCAUAAAACCAUAAAUCUGACUGCCAAUUGAGAGAAAAUGAACAAAUUCUUGAAUCCUGUGAAAAAUUUGAACUGCAGGUGUGUUGUUAUAUCAGUCCAAAACUAGGAAAAAAUAUUUGAUUUGGCCCUUUUCCAUGUCUUUCUGAAAACAUUGUAACCGUAAAAUGUUUUUGUUCUUUUACCAACAACUGGAAACUUUAUUUGCAUCGUUUUUAAGAAGCUGGCUUUACCUUUAGCCACGCAAGUGAAGGAUUGAUCUCAAAACAAUGAUUGUCUCCUGUGAGAUUUAAUUGUAGGGAAGUUACAUGUAAUUUUGUUCACACCGAUGUGUGCUGUACAUAAUGAAACAAAUAUUCCACUAAUUGUUCUAUUAAUUUGACACGAGAAAAAAAAAGAUCCUUUGGGUGGGUAGAACACUUAACACUGGGGCUUUAAGUUCAUCUCAGUCUAGUGCAGUUUCCCUCUUCAAGCCCACCGAAAGGCAGUAGAUUAAAAAAAAAGAUGUUAUGAUGAAGCAAUGUUGUUUGUCUAAUGUGUAUCUAAGACACACUCAUGAGGAAAUGUGUGGCCAAGGCUCACUGUGGAAAUGUGUGAGACAGUAUGAGCUUAUGAUACCAACUGUAUAAGAUACAGUAUGAGCUGCCUUAUCAUAGCAGCUGUAUAAGAUACAGUAUGAGCUGCCUUAUGAUAGCAGCUGUAUAAGAUAUCCAAAUAUCAGUAUAACAUGCAAACCGUAGCAGCUGAAAGAACAUUUCAUUGGUCAGCUGAGCAAUAUAAUAGAUUUUCACUCCUGCUACUGCGGGACACUGUAUGUUUUUUUGGUGCUUCAGAAAGGUUUGAACGGAUCCGCGUCCCUGUGAACACUGCGACAGUCUGCUCAGUAAAGGCAGAAAGAGCUCAUAGAGACGAGCAGCUAGUUCAGUCAUGUAUUUGGUGCUUGUUAUUUGUGGGUCUGCUCCACUCCUGAAUAAGACCUUGAAAAUUUAUUUAGAUUUCUCUUCAUUGCACAUGUCACAGAAGCCUACUGAAUCUACACUGGGUACCUAACAAACUAGCUACGAGGAAGAAAUGCAAUGGGGAUUCAGCACAUUUAGCAGCUGUAAAAUAAAGAUAGUGAUCGCUUACCAGGGCUGGGAUGCAGAUAUCCAGCACACCAGAAUCUGUGAUGUCAUUACCCACAGUUCCAAAGUAUAAUCUGCCUAAACAUUUAAAAAAAAAAAAAACAGGCAUUUGUUUUUACAAUUCAUAACUCUGCUGAUUCAUAAAGGUUUUAAAAGAUGUAAGUGCACCUUUUUCUACUGAAUCAAAAUUCCAAAUUGUACCGUCUACGAUUUCAUUUCCCUUUGCCAAUAUUUGGAAUGCAGUGAUUGUGAACUGACGUUUCAGAUGCCCCUUUAUUUUUUUGUUUGUUUUGUUUUCUCUGUCCGAUGGUGCUGUUGUAUUUUUUGGGGGCUGUACGUUCACAUGCAUUUAAAAGCGCAUGAGGUGUUGCAGGUCAUCACUCUCCGGUCUUGACGAUGGGUCUCGAUGCUCGAGGAACGCUUCCAGCUGAUAUGUACUGUCCGUGUCUUCACUAAUAAAUGCUAUGCCAGUA